GAGGAGCUGCAGAGGCACUGAUCGGUCAGUAGAUCCUCACCUGGAGAGUCCAGCACUGAGAGACCUACAGAGGACAGACCAGAAGAUGAGCAGCGUUAAGGAGGAGUUUGAGGAUAUCAGUGUGAUGGAGGCGACUGGACUGAAGACCGAAGACCAGCAGAUGGACAAAGGAAUGCUGUCAUGUGAUGUCAUCAAGAAGGAGCCACCACCAGAUCUGAAGCCAUCUCGGGAAGAAUCGCACCAAAACAUAGAGCAGGGAAACAGCCUCAGUGAUGCCUCCCACCCGAAAGAUCACCCGAGAAUUCAUACCGGAGGAGAACUGUUCACCUGUUCCCAGUGCGGGAAGAGUUUGUCCUCGGCGAGAUCCCUGAAACGCCACGUGGAUGUGCACGAAGGAAGGAGACCUCAUCAGUGCUCUCAGUGUGAGUGGAGCUUCAAGCAGUUAUCGGAUUUAAAACAGCACGAAAAGACUCACACUGGGGAGAAGCCGUUCAGCUGCCCCGAGUGCGGCAAACAGUUUUCACAGGCAAACAACCUUAAAGCCCACAUCCGGGUUCACACCGGAGAAAAGCCCUUCUCCUGCGCUGAGUGCGGGAGGAGCUUCAAAACCGCAGGCGCUCUCGGACUCCACAGGUACAUCCACACGGGAGACAAGCCUCACCGGUGCUCGCGGUGCGAGAAGAGCUUCGUCCAUCUCUCGCACCUGAAAGCCCACGAAAGGAUUCACACCGGAGAAAGGCCUUUCAGCUGCGCCGAGUGCGGGAAGAGCUUCACGGCCGCCAGGAGCCUCACGUUUCACAUGUACAGACAUUCCGGGGACAAACCUCACCAGUGCUCCCAGUGCGAAAAGAGCUUUGUCUAUCUCACAGACUUUAAGGCUCACCAGAGAAUUCAUACCGGAGAGAAGCCGUUCAGCUGCCCCCAGUGCGGAAAGAGAUCGUCGAGACUGUCCAUCAUUAAAAUCCACAUGAGGGUUCAUGCAGAAGAAAGACCUUUUAUCUGCUCUCAGUGCGGAAAGAGUUUUAAGAAGGUGGAGCAUCUAAAGGCACAUCAGAGGAGAUACCACCAAAGAGUUUGUGGGUCAACACAUUGAAGGAGAGACUUAUUAUUAUUGUUAUUAUUAAUGUAUGACGUUUCAUUGACAAACACAAGGGUAUUUUUUUGAAAAUUCCACUUCUGAAAAAGCCAGACAGACACUGUGCGAUUUUAGAAACCUUGUUCUUCGGUGACUCACACUUUACAUUUGAGUUGCCCGUCUUGUUCGGACAAAGCCUGCGAUUUAUAUACUCGUACUGUACGAAAACACUCGGUCCGACUGACAUGACACGACCUGUGUGCUCACACUGCAUGUGGAACGCAGCAACUACAGACGCUCUGUCUACAAUAAAGCUGUUUCAUUCAAAACAACACGCUGCGCCUCAGAUGUCCUGAUCAAGACACUGGCUGAAUCUUAAAUGGCUCCCUGCUCCCUACAUAGUGGACCACACAUUAAAAUAGCUGCUCCGAAUAAGUAGCCUUUUGAGAUUCAGCCAUGUGUGCACAGUUCCUUACUGGACAAACAGGGCACUGUUUUGGUGUAGAAGCCAGAACUUCUGCACUACAUAGGAAGGAGGAGCAGUUUGAGAUUCAGGUAUUAACAAACUGCUACAACAGCUUUGCUAACGGUGCGCUGAAGCUGAAGAGCAGGUGGUCUACAGACAUAGACUAAAAAAAUCACUAUUUAUUUAUACCUCGCAAUUCAACAAACAGAGCAAAGUCAUCAUACACAGGGCAGCUAAUCGAGCAUCGUUUCACCUCUCACACUGCACGUCAAACGACAGCUGAUAAAGCUGAAAUUCGUCCCGAUCAUUGAAUUCAGUCGGCUCCGACCAAAUCGGGCUUAAAAACGGGCUGAAAUCACACAGUGUACGCCUGGUUUAAGGCUGAGCUUUCACUACAUGACUUUUACAAUUUUAACAGGUUUCUAAAACAGAGCAUCACAAACCUCAGUUUGUCACAGAGAUUCAUGUCUUUUUGUCGUGAGGCGCUCAGACUAGACGACAGAGCAAAGAGAGAGAAUAACACACAUGAUGAGUUUGGGCUCCGAAUAAGAACUCAAACUCCCAGAUAUCCUCAGAUCACACAACACAAUCAGAGCUGAACUCGCUGGACCUGUUUGGGCUUUUAUGCGCAGUGAAAGCUCAAACUGGGGAUGAGUAUGUGGUGAGAAGCGCUGAUUCAGUGAGAGCUGGAAAAAUAUUUCACUACAAACUGGCAGCUGAGUUGAAACUGUAAAGACAGUGACCUGACCUGGACCAACAUUAUAAACAUUAUAAUCAUGAUAUCGGCUCUAAUCUGCCUUUGUUUUACUCUCAGCUCCUCUAUUUCCGCUCCACUGUCCACGCUCGUCUCAUCAUCUGUUUCUCCGCUCUUCCAGCUCUGAUUGGCUGAUGUUUGAAUAAGUCAUUGAGUUCAUCUCUGAUUGUCUCACACUGCAGGACUCACAAACAUUUAGAGUCGUAAAUAUUAAACGUGUUUGAUAAUAUCUGAGGGUCUCAGUUCGAUCAGGGGGCUAAUGAUUCUCUCAUUUCUCCUCUGACACUACAGAUCAUCUGCACUGUCAGUCACUUCUGAUCAAGCUCCCAACCUGGAAAAUCACUUCAGAUUGUGAAAAUUUUUCGCAAGGGGCGAAUCGGGCUUAAAAUCGGGCAAAACAUUGUGUAGUGUAGGCCCGGCCUAACUGUCACGCCUCAGGGCCAGAUGUGCUGAGCCCAAUUUGAUGCACAUAAACACAUGGUUUAUUCUGCUCAGUUUACUGAAGUUUGAGAAACUAGUGUUGUUCAUUACUCUCCACCUUUUAAAACCAGGCUUAAAUUUGUGUUUGAAUCUGCAAAGAUGUGUCAUUGAGAGGUUUGGUGUGAAAUGGUUCAGAUGUGUUUACAGUGGUGGUGAUAGGAACCAGGGGUCGCCAUGACUACAACACAAAUAUAGACAUUUUAUUUACU